AGAGAAUCGACUGUCAUGGAGUGCCGGAACAGUAGAACAGAGAAAGCUGCUGCCUUUACCAAAUUCUGUCGGCAACUAAAGUCGUUACUCUGCAAAACCUCUCUGCGGGUUGUAACAACAAUCAAUAUUAAUCCAGUAACGUCCUCUCAACCAUUAAUGAAAUGGGGAACGCACACCCCCGCCGCAGGAGAACCAACAACAGCGCUAACGCCCCCAAUGCCUAUCCCGUCGCGGUCCCGCCCUAUAAUUAUGGCCCAUCUGCUCGCCCAGCAGUACCUGUACCCCCCACCUCAAAUCCACCCCAGAUGGCCCCUUCCUUGCCUUACGGUCACGUUGACUCCAGCCUUCGAGCCCUCGCCGGCCAAGCCGAGGGCUUCGGUCGCUCUGCCAUCGGCGGCCUCCAUGGCCCCCUCUAUCACGUCACCUCUUUAGCAGAUGAUGGGCCAGGAUCAUUACGUGAUGGUUGUAGGAGAAAAGAACCCCUUUGGAUUGUCUUUGAAGUUUCAGGAACGAUUCAACUCUCAUCUUAUCUAAAUGUAUCUUCUUAUAAGACCAUUGAUGGCCGUGGACAAAGGGUAAAACUUACAGGCAAAGGUUUGAGGCUUAAGGAAUGUGAGCAUGUUAUUGUAUGUAAUUUGGAGUUUGAAGGUGGUAGAGGAGAUGAUGUCGAUGGCAUUCAGAUAAAACCUAAAUCAAAGCAUAUAUGGAUAGAUCGUUGCAGCCUCCGUGAUUAUGAUGAUGGAUUGAUAGAUAUCACCCGAGAAAGCACAGAUAUUACUAUUUCUAGGUGUCAUUUUUCACAGCAUGAUAAGACAAUGCUUAUUGGAGCAGAUCCUUCUCAUGUUGGUGAUAGAUGUAUUCGGGUAACCAUUCACCAUUGUUUCUUUGAUGGAACCCGACAACGUCAUCCUCGUGUAAGAUAUGGGAAAGUGCACUUGUAUAACAAUUACACCAGAAACUGGGGAAUUUAUGCAGUCUGUGCCAGUGUGGAGUCACAGAUAUACUCUCAAUGCAAUAUAUAUGAAGCGGGUGAAAAGAAGGUGGCAUUCAAGUAUCUCACAGAGAAGGCAGCUGACAAGGAUGAGGCUAGCACUGGCUGCAUAAUCUCUGAAGGUGACCUAUUCAUAAAUGGAACCCAAUCGGGGUUAAUGACACAGAGGACCACAGGUCAGUCAAUCAUGUUUCAUCCAAGUGAACACUACCCUACAUGGACCGUCGAAGCUCCAACAGACUCCUCGAAGCACGUUCUUCUGCACUGCACGGGAUGGCAGUGUGUUCCGCUACCAGCUGAAGUCACCCCAUAAACAACUAAACAAUUUUACACUGUUAAGACUUUUUUUUAAGCAUGUACAAAUAGUAGCAUACAUGUCUAAACUUAUAUAUAUGCAUGCUUACAUACAUACCUCACUAUUGAUGUACUUACUUGCAUGAUCAAUGACAGCUACGGAUAUUUUAA